AUGCCUACCAUAUUAGGUGCUGAGCUUUGGCUCAGUGACAAUCAAAACAUGGUGACGGAAUUCAUCUUGAUUGGAUUUUCCAGUUUCCUAAACCUGCAGGUCCUGCUGUUUGUGGUAUUCUCCAUCAUGUACUUGGCUAUUUUGGCUGGAAAUAUUAUCAUCAUUGCUACAAUAAAGCGCGACUCCACCCUCCACACCCCCAUGUACUUCUUCCUCGCCAUGCUCUCUGGUUCAGAAACCUGCUACACUUUCACCAUCAUCCCUAAUAUGCUUGUCAAUCUUCUCAGAGAAAAGGCAACUAUUUCAUUCAUUGGCUGUGCUAUUCAGAUGUAUGUAUUCCUGGGCUUGGCAUGCACAAACUGUCUGCUUCUUACAGUGAUGGGAUAUGACCGAUAUGUGUCCAUAUGUAAACCUUUACAUUAUCCCGUUCUGAUGAAUCAGAGACUCUGUACCAAACUGGUUGUCUUUUCAGUAAUAGGUGGUUUUCUAAUAUCUGCAACCUCUUCAUUUUUCGUGUUUACCUUGCCAUACUGUGGGCCUAAUAAAAUCAAUAUUUUCUUUUGUGAUAUAGGGCCUUUACUUAAGCUGGCCUGUGCCCAAAAUUAUAUAGGGGAAAUUUUCAUUUUUCUUUUUGGUGUUUUGGUAGUGGUUUUCUCGUUCCUUUUGAUCCUUCUCUCAUAUAUUUUAAUCUUAAACACAAUCCUGAAAAUCCCCACAGCAGAGGGGAAGCGCAAAGCCUUUUCAACUUGCGCUUCCCAUCUCAUUGUGGUUGUCAUGCACUUUGGAUGCGCUUCCAUUAUUUACCUGAGGCCCCAAUCCAGACAAACUUUAAAGGAGGACAUUUUUAUCUCUGUCACAUACACACUGGUGACUCCACUGCUGAAUGCUGUCGUUUACAGCCUGAGGAACAAGGAUGUCCAAAUAGCACUCAAGAAAUCCCUGGGCAGAAGCACAUGCAGCCGGAAGAUGUGA